UCCAGUUGCUCUUUGAGCACCAUCUCCAAGAUGCAGCAGCAUCCCUCGCACUGUAAAUGGAUCCUUAUUUAGGACAUGGACUAACUCAGCAUGCCACGUUCUGCUGUUAAAUAAUACAACGCCUAAAAAUCAUAGCGGCUCAAGAUCAACAAGCUGCCAUUGGCAUUUCUGCUGUCAAUAAUUAACAAGACUAGGGCAUGGAUUGACAGAAUGGAUUGUGCUGGACAGAGGGCACUCUCCAGGUAUCCGGAGACCAAUGGAGUCUAGAGAGGGCUGGAAUCUUAUUGUUUAAGGACGCAAACACCUCACAGAUCCUCCUACAUCAUCUUGGACCACCUUGAAGCAAUCAACAUGACAGUUUUCUUUGUCUGAAGAGUAUUGUUCACCUGGUAAACUGUGACAGCAGUUGCACCAUGGGCCUAGAGAAUGAGUUGCCCAACACGACAGCCUUCUGGUUCCCUUCGCUGUCUCAGUUUGACAGCUUCUCCCCAGAGACUCCUGCCACCAAUGCCUCUGUCAACAACACAAGCCACCACUAUGACUUGACUAGCAAUGCUAUCCUCACUUUCAUCUACUUUGUGGUGUGCAUCGUGGGCCUGUGUGGCAACACUCUGGUCAUCUAUGUCAUUCUCCGUUAUGCCAAGAUGAAGACUAUUACCAACAUCUACAUACUUAACUUGGCAAUAGCUGAUGAACUAUUUAUGUUGGGGUUGCCUUUCCUGGCUAUGCAGGUGGCUCUCGUUCACUGGCCCUUUGGGAAAGCCAUCUGCCGGAUCGUCAUGACAGUGGAUGGGAUCAAUCAGUUCACCAGCAUCUUCUGCCUCACAGUUAUGAGUAUUGAUAGGUACCUUGCUGUAGUACAUCCCAUAAAAUCUGCCAAGUGGAGGCAGCCAAGAACAGCAAAGAUGGUCAAUGUAGCUGUCUGGGGCAUCUCCCUUUUAGUCAUUCUGCCCAUCAUGAUAUAUGCAGGAGUGAGCUAUAACCAUGGGCGCAGUAGUUGUACCAUGAUCUGGCCAGAUGACUCUGUCGCUUGGUAUGCUGCCUUCAUCAUCUAUACCUUUAUUCUGGGCUUCUUGGUACCCCUCACUAUCAUCUGCCUUUGUUACCUGUUUAUCGUCAUCAAGGUCAAAUCCUCUGGCAUCAGGGUGGGCUCUUCCAAGAGAAAAAAAUCAGAGAAGAAGGUCACCAGGAUGGUCUCCAUUGUUGUUGCUGUUUUCAUCUUUAGCUGGCUGCCCUUCUAUCUAUUUAAUGUCUCGUCAGUCUCUGUUAUGAUUGAGCCGACACCUGUCCUCAAGGGCAUGUUUGAUUUUGUAGUGGUCCUCACCUAUGCCAAUAGCUGUGCCAACCCCAUCCUUUAUGCCUUCUUGUCUGACAACUUCAAGAAGAGCUUUCAAAAUGUCCUCUGCCUUGUGAAAGUCAGUGGCAUGGACGAAACUGACAGGAGUGAUAGCAAGCAGGAUAAGUCUAGGCUAAAUGAGGCCACAGAAACCCAGAGGACAUUGCUCAACGGAGACCUUCAGACAAGCAUCUGAAAGAUCUCUGCAGUUGUCCACUCAUCUCCUUCAUGCUUCUUCACAGAAGGCAGUAGUCCAUAGCAAAUCAGGUCAACAGCCUUUGUUCCUUCUUUCAAGGGAAUGGUACAUGCAUAUGAAGGAUUGGUUCAGGGAACAGACUUGCUUCUCAGCCAAAAACAGGCUGGUUUUAAGGGUAUUAAUCAAAAGGAGAAGUACGAUGUGAUGGUAAUCGACUAGAAAUACAUAUAAGUGUGCACGUGCACUUGUAUAUGCGUGUUUGAAUACGUUGGGUGAUCAAGCACUGGCAGUAUCCCUGUGCUAAAUCCAUUUGAGUUAAUCUGAACUUUAAAAAAAUCCUUCACAGGUCAGAUAUUCUACACAGGGCUAGAAUUUCAAAAGCUCUAUCUCCAAUAUGUGACUUAAAUUAUUAAAAGAAGAAGAAUGUGUAGCUGACACAUAAACACUAGAAUAAGAACUAGAUUUGAUCCAAAUGAUAAGUAUGGCACAAGUUCACAUUCUGAAAAGUUUUUUUUAAAAUCAAGCUAGGAUAAUUGGAACCAUCACCACCCCUUCCAAAUUACAGGUGCUUUGAAAGUUUAGCUCUAUGUGCUCUUUGAAUGGACAAAAUAUUAAAUUCAUGCAUCUUAUAUCAAAUUAAAAAAUGCAAACGGUCAUGGGAUGUUUGGAGGGAGGGAGGGAGGGAUGCAUGAUAACUGUGUUCUCUUGUUCUUGUUUAUGGGCUAGCUAAAGAAAUGGGCCUUCAGAGACAGGAUCAGGAAUCUUCGUGGCUUAAAUUAAAUAUAGAAAGUAUAUUGCAUGCUGAUAGGGGGACUAAGAGAAUUGUCUCUAGUUGUAAUGAGAUUCCCUUACUAUGAUUUUACAGAGAUGACAUUUUGUCCUACCUCCAUCUCUUUGCCUCCAGUGUAAUAGUUUUCCCAGUGAAAGAUCUUUUAUGGACAGGACAGAUGUCAUCUGAGUCUCAGAGCCAACCUCUAGUAUCUGUCAAGUGAAUCCAAAAGCCACAAUAUUGCAACCAAAACAUCACAAAGCUACAAGCUUUUGAAUUCCCCAGAACUCUGCAUCAGUCUGGAUCUUGCUCACAGUGAAGUUUUGGUUAUUUUUAAUAAAGGUAUGACUGCAUUGUGGCUUUUGGAUUUUUUCUUAAUGCGCCAACAUGAAUUGCCAAUUUUUGCCAAAUGAGUCAGUGUGGCCAAUCCUGGAUGGGGUCCAAAUUUAUCUUUCCUUCUUUCUGUUGUGACCCAGCCCUGAUCUACUGGCAGGAUGAAAAAAGCCAUGAUAGCAUUUAUUUGUCUGUCAUCCCUUGUCUUUGUACCAGGAUCCGAGAAGCAUGAGAACAUAUACAUGUUCACUACUUGUUGGUCUUGCAUGUGUGAAAUAGCCAUCACAGAUCAAAUAGCAGAGGCGGAGCUUUAAUAUUGCUUCUGGUUACCACCUUUUCUUUAACCAGGAGCCAGUAUAAAAAAAAGGGGGAAAAAGAAUCUGGCCUGGGCAUUAAGGGUUGUAUUCAACUAAUUUUUACUCAGAAUAGACCCUUUGAAAUUAAUAGGCCUAACUUAGUCAUGGCCAUUAGUUUCAAUGCGUCUAUUCUAGGGAUGGGAUCCUCUCCUUUUUUAUGUUUCAUUUUUAAGUGUGCCCCCGGUGGCCGUUAAUGAUUUGACUCCUUUUUCUUCCAAUAUCUUUUUAUUUUUCCGAGAUCCUAUAUAUAUAUAUAUAUAUAUAUAUAUAUAUAUAUAUAUA